AUGGUCACCACCGAGAUCCCGUACCUUCGAGCUACGCCCGAUUCAGCCCAGCUGAUCGUCAAGGGCCAGCCCUUUCUUAUGCUUCCGUUAGAGCUGCACAAUUCGUCCUUGUCUUCAGAAGAGUAUAUGGAGAUAGAGAUGAUCGAGCCCGAGGAGGGCAAGUUCAAUUCCGCAGAACUCGACACAGCUAUCCUGGCCGCCCGCAAACGUGGUCUUCACCUCGUGGUGCUGUGGUUUGGCAGCUACAAGAACGGCACCAGCUCAUACGUUUCAGGCUGGAUCAAGACGAACCCCAGUCGAUUCCAGCGCGCAAAGAUCUUCGAUCAGGAUGGCAAGUUGAAGGUGACCGAAGUCCUCUCGCCCUUCUGCCAAGCCUGUUGGGAGGCCGACGCAAAAGCUUUUGCCGCCCUGAUGCGACACAUCAAAGAGUUCGACGCUGCACACAGCACCGUACUCAUGACUCAGGUGGAAAACGAGUGCGGUCUUCUGGGAGACUCUCGAGAUCGUUCCGACCUGGCCAACGAAGCCUUUCAGAAGCCCAUCCCCGCUGACCUCUUGGCAUAUCUCAAGGGGAAGAACCAGCUCCACCCCGAGUUCGAGAGGAAGUGGUCCAAAUUUAAAGAGGCUGUUGCUGCUGACAGUCCUGUGAGCUGGGCUCAGGCUUUCGGCUCAAGCAUCUUUGGAGACGAGAUUUUUAUGACAAAUGCUCUGUCCUCAUACGUGGGCAAGGUUGCUGAAGCUGACAAGAAGGAAUAUCCCCUCCCAUUCUUUGUCAACGUCUGGAUGAACACUGAAGACGCUUCUCUUGUGGACCUUGGAGAGACUGGCGGCAAGCUCGAUCUCCCAGCGGUGGCUGGUGGUGGAUAUAAGCCUGGCGUUUACCCGUCGGGUGGCCCCUGUCCUCACACACUCGACUUUUGGAGGUACAACGCGCCAGCCAUCGACUUUGUCUCUCCCGAUAUUUACCUACAAGAUUAUGAGUGGGUAUGUAAGCUGUAUCGCUACGACAACCAGCCACUCUUCAUUCCCGAGCAGCGAGCCGACGGCCGAGGUGCACGUCGCGCCUGGUUGGCCGAUGGCACCUACAGCAGUCUGGGGUGUUCUCCUUUUGGUGUCGAUGACGUGCCGGCGUCAGAGAGCGACUUCACCAAGCCUUACGAAAUCUUCUCCAAGAUGAGCAAGCACAUUCUCGCGGCCCAGGCCGCUGAGCCCAACAGCACAUUCGGCUUCUACUUUGACCCCCUUACAGAUAGCUAUAAGGACAAGUGGGAGGACAAGUGGGAGCACACAUUCGGCAAGUUCAAGCUGAACAUCACCCGCUCCAUAGCCUUUGGGGAACCGGCGCCUGCCUAUGGUAUGAUCAUACACCGUGGCAACGGCCGCUUCCUCUUCAUCGGCCAGGGCUACCAGGUCACAUUCGAGAGCGUAGACCCGUCCACUGUGUACACGGGCGUUCUAGAGUUUUUUGAGCUGUUGGUGGAUAACGAUGGCAACCUCACGCGAAGCCGGACACCGAACGGAGAUGAGCGUAUGGGUGGAGAACUCGCCAUCAUGCCGAGUGAGAAGCCAGCCUAG